AUGCGUUACAUCGAUGAUGAGGAUGAGUGGGAGGAGGAGGAGGAGGAGGAGGAGGAGGAGGAGGAGGAGGAGGAGGAGGAGGAAGGAGUGGAGGGAGAAGGAGAUGAGAAGCCGCAGAGGGCGUUUCGUAUGGUUCUUGCGGAUAACUCAAGAGCUCCGUUUCAGCACCUGAAACGAAUUGUAUCGGCUUGUAAUGAGGAUGAGGACGAGAGUGAGGAUUCAGCACUCCCCUCCUCCUCCUUCCACUGGGUAUCCACCAAGCAGCAGCUAGCAUCCCUAGCAGCUCUUCUAGAAACCCAGGACGAAUUUGCAGUGGACACAGAGCAGCACAGCCACCGCUCCUUCCUCGGCUUCACUGCCUUGAUCCAGGUGGGUGGGCCCAUUCCUUCCGUGAGUGACCUCCUGCCAGCUGCUCUGUUCCGCCUGCCAGCUGCUCUGUUCCGCCUGCCAGCUGCUCUGUUCCGCCUGCCAGCUGCUCUGUUCCGCCUGCCUUUGACACCGCCAUACGGCAGGGACUAUAUCAUCGACGCCAUUGCGCUGCAUGACCACAUAGGGGAUGCCCUCCGCCCUGUCUUCGCCAACCCGGCCGUCACGAAGCUGUUCCACGGAGCCGACUCGGACGUGCUAUGGCUGCAACGGGACUUGCACAUCUACACCGUCAACCUGUUUGACACUGCACGGGCCUGCUCGGUUCUCAGCAAGCCGUACCGCUCGCUCGCGUUUCUCCUGGACCACUACUGCCACGUCAGCACCGACAAGCGCCUGCAGCUCGCCUGA